GUUCUCUGCACAUAAGCGCAUUAUUUCGCCGCAUUAGAAAAGCGUUUCCACGUGCACCUACAGAUACAUACGCCAAUGCCUCAAGAAGAAUGCAUACAUUAUCAGGCGAAUAUUACUUUAUCCAUAAGUGAAACAUCGUAUCGAUCGGCUAGAGAGUGUGCAUCAAGAUCUGUAUUAAGUAGUUUUUCAUAUGUGUGUUAAUGUGUAUAUCUCAGGGUUGUUUUAUUAAUAAGUCCACUGCAGCACUUCUCUACAGAAUGUUUUUCUCCUAUUGCAUAUUUAUUACUAUCUUCACUGCUACGGUGUUUUCACAAGAGGUGCCAUCAUAUUAUUUCGGCAACCGCGGUACCGCAUCGGAUAGCCAAUCGCGAUAUGUGUACACCUCGUCCGACCGCCGACGACCACAGCCGGAUGAUUAUUACUCACCCGGCCGCAAUUCCCGAAACAACGAUCAGUUUAACAGCGACUCCAGUGACGGCAGUCAAUUUCCUGAUUAUUUUCGCAUCGAGGUAGAAGUGCAGAAUCUGGACAAUCCCAGCGGACUCUUGGCUAACGGACAAAAUUGCGAUACACUGAACGCAUGUGAUCCGCGGGUUUCGGUUUAUAUGGACAUUAGUCAGCCCAGAUCACCAUGGCCGGGACCGGUGCCCAUUUCCAAAUGGAAAACCAUCUUCGAUGGUACCAACAGGAAUUCAGCCAAUAUAGGGAAAGUCGUUAUUCGAGAUGUCUGUGGCGGCGGGUUAGGUGGAAUUAAUUUAAGAGCUAAAAUUGUGGAUGCCGAUGAUACCAGUGGGGAUGAUAUUAUCGGGCAAUUUGAAUGUGCAUAUGACAACUUAACGCCGGAUGAUGUAGCGCCGACGCUCAUGUCGGCAUCUUGGUCACGGUCAACACAGUGUUUUUCUGUUUCCAAAAAUCAACCCAGUAGUAUUAGACUGACAACACGUAUGCGAAUGUACACCAUUCCACGCAGCAGUUGUCGAGCAGAUGCACCGCGAUAAAAAUUUCGUCCCGAUUUGGUUGUUAAAUGAUUCCUAUAACUUGCAGUACCAACCAAUACGUUGUUCCAUAGAGCCUAGUAACCGACUUCCAUAACUACCUGGGCAUGGCGUUCUUAAGGGUCACAAGAAAUUUGUAAUUUAUUGCUACAUUGGUGCCGCAAAUUUUCUGCUAGAAGCGGGUGUUCAUUAAUGGCAUGCUUGGGCAAGGUCACGGUGGCAAAUGGGUCUGCAACGACUCUGAAUUUGAAUAAAGUGGAAC